AUGUCUACACACUCACACAAUAUAGAGAAUUUAGUUCAUUUUUCCGUCUCUCACCUCCCUCGUUCCUCGCUCUCUCACUCGUAUUUCGGAGGCACCGUUGCCUCAUUCAUCCCGUUCCCACGCUUAGCGCCCGCAUUCGCCAUCCGUCUUCGAGUCGCGCGCGCCCACUGGUUAGAGCCGCACAACCACGGAACUGUCCUCGCACCUCAGAGCCACUCAUUGCGGUGUUUUGGGUGUGUGUUUGUCAUUCAUUAUUCGCACGAUCACCCCACCGUAGGCACAUCAACCCACACCCUCUCGGACCCACAGCGCCCAUGUGGUCAUAUAGCUAGCAUCCUGGGCGAUGCGAAUGUGUCGUCCUCGGGCGGUCAUCUCGUCCUCGUCUUUGGGGAUGGACAGAUCGCCGUCCUCGAUAUUGGUGAUUACCUCGACAACGGCUUUGGUUCCGUAACAAACGCUGAAGGCAAAAUCGAGACUCACCCUUUCCCUGAGAUGUCGCUCUCUACGGCGAAGAACAAGAAAGAGCGAAAAAAUGCUGAAGAAGGGUAUUGGUCCUGGCUGGACAAAGUAUAUUAUGGCGACGGACAGGUGAUUUUGCGACCAGGCGUGGGAGAGAAGAAGCCAACGGGCUUCGCUGUGGUUUCAUGGCAGUAG